AUGGACGAGGACGCCGGCGGCGCCUCGCCGCCGCCGGUGCCACUGGCUCAGGCGCCCCCUCCUCCUCAGCAUCCCACCGCCGCCGCCGCCGCCCCCUCGCAGCGGGACAUGGCGGCGUCCCCCACCAGCUCGCGCUCCGUGACGGAGACGGUGAACGGCUCCCACCGGUUCGUGAUCCAGGGCUACUCGCUCGCCAAGGGCAUGGGCGUGGGGAAGCACAUCGCCAGCGAGACCUUCACCGUGGGCGGGUACCAGUGGGCGGUCUACUUCUACCCCGACGGGAAGAACCCCGAGGACAACUCCGUCUACGUCUCCGUCUUCAUCGCCCUCGCCUCCGAUGGCACCGACGUCCGCGCCCUCUUCGAGCUCACGCUCCUUGACCAGAGCGGCAAGGGCAAGCACAAGGUCCACUCCCACUUCGACCGCUCCCUGGAGUCCGGGCCGUACACCCUCAAGUACCGCGGAUCCAUGUGGGGUUACAAGCGAUUCUUUCGGCGAACUGCCCUUGAAGCAUCAGACUUUCUCAAAGACGAUUGUCUGAAGAUAAAUUGCACUGUGGGAGUUGUUGUGUCAACUAUUGAUUACUCCAGACCACACUCUAUCCAUGUUCCAGACUCAGACAUCGGCUAUGAUUUUGGUUCACUGUUGGACAGUCAGGAGGGUGUUGAUGUCAUUCUUAAUGUGGGAGGAGAGAGGUUUCAUGCCCAUAAGUUGGUAUUGGCUGCACGGUCUCAUCUAUUCAAAUCUCAAUUUUUUGAUGAUGAAUCUGAUGGAGAGAAGAGUGAGGUUAAUGAGACUGAUGAACUAAAAGAGUUCUCUAUUGAUGAUAUGGAGCCAAAGGUUUUCAAGGCAGUGCUUCACUUCAUCUAUAGAGAUACCCUUGUUGAUGAUAAUGAGUUGGGUGCGUCAAGCUCUGAUGGUUCUAUCUUCGAUACUCUGGCAGCUAAGCUGUUGGCUGCAGCUGACAAGUAUCACUUACCAAGGCUAAGAUUGCUAUGUGAGUCUUACCUGUGCAAGGGCAUAUCAGUGGCCUCAGUUGCGAGUACGCUAGCAUUGGCUGAUAGGCACCGAGCCAUGGAGCUUAAAGCUGUUUGCCUAAAAUUUUCUGCAGAAAAUCUUUCAGCUGUAAUGCGGACUGACGGUUUCAUUUACCUCAAGGACAACUGCCCAUCUCUCCAGUCAGAGAUACUGAAAACUGUUGCAGGGUGUGAGGACCAGUGCAGCAGCGUUGGGAAGAGCCAGAGCGUUUGUGGGCAGCUCUCGGAUGGUGGUGAUUCCAGUGUCCGCAGGCCCUGCAACUGGCGUGUGCAGCAGGCCAGCAGGAAGUGA